AUGGGGGCACAGUGGUCUCAAUUCUUCCCACCGUCGCCCGCCUUCACAGAGGCGGACGUGGGCUCGCAGGAAGGCAAAGUGUAUCUUGUGACAGGAGGUGCAUCUGGUAUCGGACUUGAGCUCGUCAAGACCUUGUACGCCAAGAACGCCCGGGUUUAUAUUGCUGGCCGCUCGGAGGAGAAGGCUCGUCGGGCGAUCCAGCAGGUCCAAGGCGCAGCGCCUUCGGCUACUGGGACUCUGGAAGCACGGGUUGACGCUUUCAAGGCCAAGGAGACCAAGUUACACGUUCUCUGGAACAAUGCUGGCGUUUCAAAGCCACCACUGGGCAGCGUUUCGAAGCAGGGCAUCGAACUGCAGCUCGCAACCAACUGCCUGGGUCCUUUCCUCCUGACACAACUUCUCUUGCCAGUACUGGAAGCCACGGCAGCUGCCGAGACUACAAAAGGCUUCGUGCGCGUGGUGUGGACGAGCAGCCAGGUCAUGGAGCUCUCCGCUCCCGCACAAGGGAUUGUCAUGUCGGAGCUCACCGACCCUCCCAAGGACAAGACAAGGAACUACGUCAACUCCAAGACGGGCAACUACUUCCUGUCGGCCGAGCUCAUGCGCCGCCACGAGCAGAACGGCAUCGUAAGCGUCGCCCUGAACCCGGGUGCCGCUUCUACGAGCCUCUUUCGCCAUACGCCCUGGCUGCCCUAUCUUGCGUGGCCGCUGAUGCACAAGCCGAAGCUGUGUGCCUAUACGCAGCUCUUCGCAGGGCUUUCUGGAGAGAUUUCUUCCGCGCAGCAAGGUUGCUACGUUGUACCAUGGGGAAGAGUCGCGAAGAAUUUAAGACAGGACUUGGUUGAUGCUACCAGGUCGCUAGAAGAUGGAGGAUCCAGUAGAGCGAGAGAGUUUUGGGACUUUUGCGAGCAGAAAACCCAUGAUUAUGCCUGA